GGGCGGCGGCGGGGGGUCGGCCGGUCGCGCCCGGCUGCUGGCCGUGCUGCUGGCGGGGCUGCUCGGCCGGGCGGGGGGGGUUCGGCGACGAGGAGGAGCGGCGUUGCGACGCCAUCCGUAUCGCCAUGUGCCAGAACCUGGGCUACAAUGUCACCAAGAUGCCCAACCUGGUGGGACACGAGCUGCAGGCGGACGCGGAGCUGCAGCUCACCACCUUCACCCCCCUCAUCCAGUACGGCUGCUCCAGCCAGCUCCAGUUCUUCCUUUGUUCGGUCUACGUCCCAAUGUGCACAGAGAAGAUUAACAUCCCCAUAGGUCCCUGCGGUGGCAUGUGCCUCUCCGUCAAAAGAAGAUGCGAACCCGUUUUAAAAGAAUUUGGAUUUGCCUGGCCGGAUAGCCUAAACUGCAGCAAGUUCCCACCCCAGAAUGAUCACAACCACAUGUGCAUGGAGGGCCCCGGAGACGAAGAGGUUCCCCUUCACAGCAAGACCUCCUUGCAGCCUGGAGAAGAGUGCCACAGCAUGGGAUCUAACUCGGAUCAGUACAUCUGGGUGAAGAGAAGCUUGAACUGUGUCCUCAAGUGCGGCUACGACGCUGGUCUCUACAGCAGGUCAGCUAAGGAAUUCACAGAUAUCUGGAUGGCCGUCUGGGCCAGUCUAUGCUUCAUCUCAACUGCCUUCACAGUCCUGACCUUCCUGAUUGAUUCAUCCAGAUUUUCCUACCCGGAGCGCCCAAUCAUAUUUUUGAGCAUGUGCUACAAUAUUUAUAGCAUUGCUUAUAUUGUGAGGCUAACUGUGGGCCGGGAAAGGAUAUCCUGUGAUUUUGAAGAGGCAGCAGAACCUGUUCUUAUCCAAGAAGGUCUUAAGAACACAGGAUGUGCUAUAAUUUUCUUGCUGAUGUACUUUUUCGGGAUGGCUAGCUCCAUCUGGUGGGUUAUUCUGACAUUGACCUGGUUUCUGGCUGCAGGACUCAAGUGGGGCCAUGAAGCUAUAGAAAUGCACAGCUCUUAUUUCCAUAUUGCAGCCUGGGCUAUCCCCGCCGUGAAGACCAUCGUCAUUUUGAUUAUGAGACUGGUAGACGCAGAUGAGCUCACCGGUCUGUGCUACGUUGGGAACCAGAACCUAGAUGCGCUGACGGGCUUUGUCGUCGCUCCGCUUUUUACCUACCUGGUCAUUGGGACUUUAUUCAUUGCAGCGGGACUAGUGGCCUUAUUUAAAAUCAGGUCUAAUCUCCAGAAAGAUGGAACUAAAACUGACAAACUGGAAAGGCUGAUGGUCAAAAUCGGUGUCUUUUCAGUGCUGUACACCGUCCCGGCAACGUGUGUCAUUGCCUGUUAUUUCUACGAAAUCUCCAACUGGGCCGUUUUCCGCUAUUCGGCAGAUGAUUCCAAUAUGGCAGUGGAGAUGCUCAAAAUUUUCAUGUCCCUCCUGGUGGGUAUUACAUCAGGUAUGUGGAUCUGGUCAGCCAAAACUCUGCACACGUGGCAGAAGUGCUCGAACAGACUGGUGAACUCAGGGAAAGUGAAACGGGAGAAGAGAGCAGAUGGUUGGGUGAAACCUGGGAAAGGGAACGAGACCGUGGUGUGAGAACAGGACGGCACCCCGAUGGUCUGCUCUCCCGUGAAGGACUGAUCGUGUGUAAGCAUUGCUGUGUAAAUGUUGGGAGUAGAGUAGGGAGACGGUUACACAACCUGUCUCUGAGGGAUGGAAAAAAAAGCCUUAAAGAAUAAACAGCAAAAGGAUCAUGCUGCAGAUACAAUAGCCAUAAACCGUGCUGCCCAAAAUAGGAAAGCCCAGGAAGGCUUUAAAAGCUGUGAAGUAUCCAAACACAUUAUCUUCCCUUUUUUUUUUUUUUUUUUUUUUUUUAAAUAAAGCAGGAUGCAAUACACUGAAGUCUUUAGAAGCUGAGGGACUGUAGCCCACAGCUGUGGGAUGUUGUUUUCAUCGUCUUGUAGCUGAUGGAGGAAAGGCAGUGCAGGGCCAAAUUCUGGGCUGAUUUAGGGGCCAGUUACCAGAAGACAGAGCACCCAGGACCUCAGUUAGAUGUCUUCUUUCCGAGUCCAGCGUCGUGAAGGAAGCGCCUACCGAGGUUUGUGUCUUUAUGCCCUGGGGAAUUCUGUUGCUCCCAUACAGAGGGGACUCCACAAGUCAGCCAAGGCUCAGGGUCUCCAGCAAAUACCAAGUGGACGUUCCAGGUCUGAGAGUUACCCAUAAUGAGUAGGAUUUAGUGCGGUAUUAGUGAGGAGGAUUCUUUAAGUCAUCUGAUGGUCUAAUAAUAAUUUCGACUCAUUGUUUUUACCAUCUGUAAGCUGGUCUGAAUUGAGAGUUGGUUCUGCCUUGAGCAGGAAUUUGGACCUCCCUAGGUCCCUUCCCACCUGAACUAUUCUGUGGUUCUAUUGGUAUUUCUAAUUUUUUAAAAGCUUUACUCAAGGCCAUUGUCAGAAGUAGAGGAGUCAGUGGGAGCUGGGAAACUGUGUAUGGUCUUCUGCAUGGAUUAUCGUUAUCCGCCUGCCUCCACUCCUGUCCCUUCAGGUGCUCCUGCUGUUUCCAGCGGACUACUUUAUUCUGCUGUAUUUAAUAGCUUUAAAUAAAGUCUUACAUUAUAAUGUUCCUUCCUCCAGGAAAGCGAAAAAUGAGUUGAGGGUCUCUUCAAACAAUGCCAGUUUUCUCCAUGUAAACGUACCUGGCUCUCUGUGGAGACCAAUUGCAUGAAGCAAUUAAGUCUUAAUAUAUUUCAUUCAGUGCGAUGGUAUCGCCGCAGACGCCAGUCUGGGGAGAAGUGAAAUGUUAAGUUCCUUGGCAACCUCAUGUUCACACAGAUCAGUUGUGUAAUUAUGUGUGUCAGUUACAAUUAAAAGAACAUUCUCAGCCCAUGACAUCGCAGUACAGCUGACUGCCUCACAACGAUGCUCCAAUUGCUCACUGACAGCUAUGGAGUUUGGGGGUUUUUUUUAAUAUAUAUUUACAUGCAGAACGUGAGCAGUCCUUCAGUCCUCAGUCCCCAGUUUUUGUAAAGGGAUCCCAAGAGAAGAGAUCCAACUUCUUGCUGAAUAAUGUUGUUUCACAGCAACUGUUGAGUUUUCUUAUCCUUUUAUUUGAGGAGGCGUCAGCUUGUGCUCACGGGGAGCUUGAACCUCAUGUAGGGGGCUCAUUUGGCUAAUAAAAAAGGUGAUGCAAAUAGAAAUAUCCCAGAAGCACUUAAGAGAACACUGUUCUGAUGCACUAUUCCUUUGAAGGACCUUCGGUUUUAUCUGUGUGCCCUAAACUUUUGCUUCAUUUGUUUGUGUGGAACCUUGUCAGCUGCAGAGCAUCCACCCCGGUGCCCCGACUUGCGCGACCUUCGAGGGCAGCUGAGAACAGGCACUGCUCUGUUGCAGUCCUCGCUUUUCACACAGGUGCCCCAUGUUCUUCCCAAACCACAAUUCAUUCCAGCUCUGGCCGUGAGCACUAAUCUGUCCCAGAAGUGCGUAUUGUUUCAAUGUCAAUGUUGAAACAUGUGCUAGAGCACUUUUUUAAAAAAAAAAAAAAAAACCAAACCACAAAAUGAAACCCCAAACAAACCCUAAUUGCAGUCUUUGCGGUUGGGCUCCCUCUCCAGCAGAACAAGUGACAACUUGACACAUUCUGCUCAAGACGCACAAGCAUUGUCUUGGCCAAUGCCACAUACCAGCCGAGCCUUUUCAUCGUCUCCGUGAAGUCUUUCGCUAUUAGUGUUGUGUUUGGAUCUGGUUAUUCCUCUGUGGACAAGGAGUUCUGCAAGUAGGAGCUCUUCAGAUGGCCGAGUUUCUCCAUCGUGAGAUCUUUCUCCUGGCGCAGAGAGGGAUGUAAAGUCAGCAGCUAUAUGUUGACUUUCACGGGGUGAGGACACAGGUGUAGCCUUUUCUUGUAACCUGGUAUUGGGCUGUGCCAAGGUGUCAUGUUCACUCAAGUGUCCUUCACUCUGAAAUGGUUUGGAUACUCUCCUGGCCGAUACAACCCAUGUUUGACCUGACUGAUUCAAUAAACAGCGUUUUUAACCAUGUUA